AUGUCUCGCUUGCAGCGAGCUGCAUCCCAGCUGCUGGCCACUCAUCAGCUGCUGCAGUGGCGGGGUGCUAAGGCGGUGCCUACCAAGCUCUCAGUGGAGCUGCUGAAGGACGUGGAAGGCGUGGGGUCUGCGGGGCAGCUGGCGCGGGUCAACCAUGGCUAUGCCCGCAACUUCCUGGUGCCCAACCGGCUUGCGAUGCCAGCAGCGGCGGGCCCGCACCGCAGCAGGCGACCUCCUGCUGCGGAGGCAGGCAGCAGCGCGAGCGCAGCGCAGCAGGCGGCAGCGGCAGCAGAACGCAACAGCCCAGCGCAGCUGACUGUCGAGAAGCAUCAGCAGCAGUUUGACAAGCUGAUGAAGACGCUGACGGGCAGCACGCUGAUACUGAAGCGGCGCACAAAGGAUGGGCAAACGCUAGAGCAGGCACUGCAGGCGCAAGACAUUGCAGAUGCGGUGGCAAGGCAGUUUCGCAUAAGGGUGGUUGGUGAUAUGGUUGAUUUGGGAGGAGAAGAUUUGAGCGUGGUGGGCGAAUACCACCUGCCACUCAAGCUGGAGCUCCCCAGUGGCGAGCGUGCCAUGCUUGACGUCAGCGUCGCCUCAACCUGA